UUUGCCAUAAUUGAAUAUUUUUAAUUUAUUGAUUAAACCCAGAAAGAUGGUAUGAUGCUUGAGAAUACCCUGCUAGCUCCUUUAUCAAGAUCUCUCUUUACUUAAAAUAAAAGCUUUAACCAUCUUUUUAGAAUUUGGAUAAAAAAUCUCAGACCUCAAGUUCUGUAUUAAGACAGGAAGACUUAAAAAGUGACUGAGGAACAGCCAAACACUCAGAAGGACCAAAGCGGAGUAAUUUUUCUCUUGAGACAAUUGAAGUCUUAAUGGAGUGGUUGAAAGAAAACAUUGCUUACCCGUACCCGACUAAUCAGCAAAGAGAGCACCUUUGUAGGGCUACUGGAUUGACAAGGAGACAACUCCGAAUGUGGUUAUAAUUGAUGCAAGAAGAAGAAAAGUACCUAGCAUGAGGAAAAUGCAAGGCAUUGAUAUGACCGAUAAAGGAAGCAAGUAUGGAAGAAAGAAAGGAGAGAAAAUGCGAAUGAGUGAAGAAGAGUCCUCUAUCAAUGAUGGAAAAAUGGCGGCUCCUAGUUCUAUUGGCGACCACUCAACUCAAGUCGAGAAGAAAAAGCCUAUCGAAGAAAGAAUCAGACUCGAUAUCACAUACGAAGGGCUUUUUAAAUACUACGAUUACUGCACAUGCGGGGUUAGCUUCUUACCUAAAUGGAAAAUCCUAACAUAA